AUGAUCCAACUAUUAGAACUAUAUAAAGCUUUAACACAACAAUUAUUAGGUGCCAAAUAUCUGACACUUAACCUAGUACAUCCAUGUAUAUAUAUGUUAAAACAAAUGUUUGCUCCAAAAAAUGAGCAAAAUAAAACCAUUGAUGGCUAUAUGGAUCUUAUUUAUAGCCCUUUAAUACAAGAUGAUAUUUUAGAAAGUGCUGAAGAUAAUGAUGAUUCAAAUUCUACAAGUGAUAAUAAUGAUCAAGAUUCAGCAAUUGGCAAAAAUGUUGAAGAGCAUGCAGCAAAUUUAAAUAAUGUUAAUACUGAGGAUAUAUUUGCAAAAAUAUAG